UACUUAGAAAUAUAUUUCGACUUUUUUUAUUAGAUUUUAAUAUAAAGGGAUAAUAGACACCGUCGAAGAAUUAGUUUUUGAUCUGCUUUCAUCGCCAACGGUACAUAAUGUUUACAAGAAUUAUUGUUUGUAUUUGUACGAUGCUCGGCUGUUUUUCGAAUGAAGCUUCGAUCAUUCCUUUGGAUUCUUCAGUUGUUAAUGUGAAAUCGGAUAAUAGUGGUAAAGAUUAUUCUUAUUCAAUUCACGAAAAUCGAGCAGUGGCUAUCGGAGCGGACAUUGUCCAACCAGUAAUUAUCCAAAACGAAAUUGUCCCGGCCCUUAAAACGUUCAACCCUAUUAUUAAUCAUGAGCUACAGGAACCCAAUCAGAAACAGGAAUUUGUAAAGCAAGACGGGAAACACGUACAAUUAGAAACAACGUUCGAGUCGUCUUCACAAAGACCUUCCUCGUCUGUUUAUUUUCUUCCAGGUGGAUAUCCUCAUGCGUACACAUAUUUUUAUGGAUAUUUUCCAUUGCCAGCAUUGUAAGGAUUAUCAUCUUACAAAAUAUUAAGAAAAUUGGACUGAAUAUGGUGAUAUGGUGGAUUAUUAUACAUACAUACGUAACGUACGUAUAAAUAUCUAUGUAUGUGCAUAACAGUUAUAACAGCUAAAAAAAAUUAAA